AUGAGUCGCCUUGUCGUCAGCACUUUGGCUUUCCUCGCUUGCACAACAGCAGCCACCCAACUACAGGGUAGAUACAAACGAGCUCUGAACAGUCUCGAUGGAGGAUUCGGCUUUGACAAGAGAGCGCUGAACAGCUUGGACGAUGGCUUCGGCUUCAAGAAAAGAGCAUUGAACUCUUUGGAUGAUGGAUUUGGAUUCAAGAAGAGAGCGCUGGGAAGCAUUGAAGGAGGAGGAUUCGGCUUUGACAAGAGAGCUCUCGGCAGCGUUGAGGGUGGAGGAUUCGGCUUCGACAAGAGAGCUUUGGGCAGUAUUGAAGGAGAUGGUUUCGGUUUUGACAAGAGAGCCCUGAACAGCCUCGAUGGAGGUUUUGGAUUUGAUAAGAGGGCACUUGGAAGCAUUGAAGGGGAUGGAUUUGGAUUUGAUAAGAGGGCGUUGAACUCGUUGGACGACGGCUUCGGAUUCGACAAACGCUCAAGAUUGCACAGAAUCUUUGGAUUUGGAGCCAGAGCGGGAGCCCUCGCCGGAUAUCAUCCAAGGCAU